AUGUACCGUGCCAAGUCUCCCGUUCUCUGCAGCGCCCUGAAGAGCGGUGCGGCCCGGGGGGCUGUGACAUGGGUAACUUGUGAACUUGUCAGCAUCAAAGUACCUGAUUCAGUCAGCCGCCAUGGUCUUUCAGGUUCUGCUGGCCCAAGACCUUCAAGAACCACUGCUUUUGCGUUAGCAGCAUUUCUACAAAUUCCCCAACGACUCGUGCCCAACCAUCCGAGAGCUACCUAUCCUAUAUUUUCGUUCUCUGCAGUCUUUGCAAGUAGCUUCAUUCAAAUGCCUCCUAACGUUCUUUUCAGACACGAAAUUCCCAAAGUACUCAUUAUUAAUGAGCCAAAUCUUGACUUGGCCCUCAUACGGACUUAUGGCACCGCGUUUAUGAAGACGGUCGAGGAAGACAAAUGGGUCAUCUUGACUCCAAACAUCACGCCCGAGGACCUGAAGAAGCACUUAUUCAAUGCCGGUAUCUUGUUUCCUGAGUCAGCUCUUAAGCCGGAGGAGAGAAGCGUUCCCAACCCUGGUUUUAUUGUCACGGAUGAACAACCUGAGACACCCAAGGAAUCAUGA